CCCCUCCUUCCACGCACUCCUGAUGCCUCACUUGCCGCUGGCCCCUUUUCGACCACCACUCCGGGUUCUGAGGCCCUCACGGGCCUUCCCCAGGUCGCAGCCCCAUUCCACGCAGUCAGAACCCUAUGGGUCCCCCAUCUCCAGGAAGAACCGGGAAGCCAGACAGAAGCGCCUGCGAGAGAAACAGGCGGCUCUGGAAGCUGGGCUGGUGGGGAGAAGUAAGUCCCCUGCAGAAUCCAGUAAGGCCUGGACUCCCAAGGAGGUAGUGUUGUAUGAAAUCCCUACAGAAUACGGCGAAAAGAAAGAUGUCACUCAGCCUCUGCCUCCUGCGUACAGCCCCCGCUAUGUUGAGGCGGCCUGGUACCCUUGGUGGGUGCGAGAGGGCUACUUCAAACCCGAGUAUCAGGCCAGAUUGCCCCAGGCCACCAAGGAGACCUUUUCUAUGUGUAUCCCACCGCCUAACGUUACUGGCUCCUUGCACAUUGGACAUGCACUCACCGUGGCCAUACAGGAUGCCAUCGUGCGCUGGCAUCGCAUGCGUGGGGAUCAGGUCCUGUGGGUCCCUGGCUCAGAUCAUGCAGGAAUUGCUACCCAAGCUGUGGUUGAGAAACAGCUGUGGAAAGAGCGAGGAGUGAGGAGACAUGAGCUGAGUCGGGAAGACUUCCUUCGGGAGGUGUGGAAAUGGAAGGAAGAGAAAGGUGGAGAGAUCUGUGAGCAGCUCCGUGCGCUGGGGGCCUCCUUGGACUGGGACCGGGAGUGCUUCACUAUGGAUGCUGGCUCCUCAGCGGCCGUGACUGAAGCUUUUGUGCGACUCUACAAGGCAGGGUUGUUGUACCGGAGCCGGCAGAUUGUCAACUGGUCCUGUGCUUUACGAUCAGCCAUUUCGGAUAUUGAGGUGGAGAACCGGUCCCUGCCUGGCCGCACCGAGCUCCGGCUACCUGGCUGCCCCAGCCCCGUGACUUUCGGCCUCCUCUUUUCUGUUGCCUUCCCCGUGGAUGGACUGCCUGAUGCUGAGGUUGUGGUAGCAACCACCAGGCCAGAGACCUUGCCUGGAGACGUGGCUGUGGCCGUCCAUCCUGCUGAUGACCGAUACACGCAUCUGCACGGGCGACAGCUUCAUCACCCCUUGACAGGACAGCUUCUACCCCUCAUCACAGACUCUGCUGUUCAGCCACACCUGGGCACAGGGGCAGUGAAGGUGACUCCAGCUCACAGCCCAGUUGACGCUGAGUUGGGGGCCCGGCAUGGCUUGAGCCCCCUGAGUGUCAUCUCUGAGGAUGGGACCAUGACCGCCCUCUGCGGGGACUGGCUGCAGGGCCUUCACCGAUUUGUGGCCCGAGAGAAGAUUAUGUCUGCACUCAGGGAGCGGGGCCUGUACCGGGGUCUCCAGAACCACCCCAUGGUGCUGCCUAUCUGCAGCCGUUCCGGGGAUGUGGUGGAGUACCUCCUGAAGAGCCAAUGGUUUGUCCGCUGCCAGGAAAUGGGGGCGCGCGCUGCCAAGGCUGUGGAGUCGGGGCUCCUGGAACUCAGCCCGCCCUUCCACCAGAAGAACUGGCAUCACUGGUUCUCCCACAUUGGGGAUUGGUGUGUCUCCCGGCAGUUGUGGUGGGGUCAUCAGAUUCCAGCCUACUUGGUGGUUCAGGAGCCCGUGGAGGGUGACAGGGAGGACUGUUGGGUGGUUGGAAGGACCGAGGCUGAGGCCAGAGAAGCAGCUGCAGAACUGACAGGGCGGCCGGCAGCGGAGCUAACCCUGGAGAGAGACCCUGAUGUCUUGGACACCUGGUUCUCCUCGGCUCUUUUUCCCUUUUCUGCCUUGGGCUGGCCCCGAGAGACGCAAGACCUGAAGCAUUUCUACCCGCUGUCCCUUCUGGAGACGGGCAGUGACCUCCUGCUGUUCUGGGUGGGCCGCAUGGUCAUGCUGGGAACGCAGCUCACUGGACAACUCCCCUUCAGGAAGGUGCUUCUUCACUCCAUGGUUCGGGAUAAGCAGGGCCGGAAGAUGAGCAAGUCCUUGGGGAACGUACUGGACCCACGGGACAUCAUCAGCGGGGUGGAGCUGCAGGUGCUGCAGGAGAAGCUGAAAGAUGGGAACUUGGACCCUGCGGAGCUGACAUUUGCAGCCACAGCACAGAGAAAGGAAUUCCCUCAUGGGAUCCCUGAGUGCGGGACAGAUGCCCUGAGAUUCGCCCUGUGCUCCCAUGGAGCCCUGGGGGGCGACUUGAACCUGUCUGUUUCUGAGGUCCUCAGCACUCGUCAUUUCUGCAACAAGAUCUGGAAUGCCCUGCGCUUUAUCCUCAAUGCCCUAGGAGAGAACUUCGUGCCCCAGCCCGUGGAGGAGCUGGCCCCAACAUGCCCCAUGGACGCCUGGAUCCUGAGCCGCCUCGCACGCACUGCCGUGGAGUGUGAGCGAGGCUUCCGCGCCCGGGAGCUGUCGCAUGUCACCCACAGCCUGCACCACUUCUGGCUGCACAGUCUCUGUGAUGUCUACUUGGAAGCUGUGAAGCCGGUGCUGCGGCGUUCUCCGCCCCCUGCAGAGCCUCCCCAGGUCCUGUUCUCCUGUGCCGAUGUUGCUCUGCGCCUUCUGGCUCCACUGAUGCCCUUCCUGGCUGAGGAGCUCUGGCAGAGGCUGCCCCCCAAGCCUGGUGGGCUCCCUGCCCCUAGCAUCUGUGUUGCCCCCUACCCUAGUGCCUCUAGCUUGGAGCACCUGCACCAGCCUGAGCUGGAAGGAAACUUCUCCCAAGUCCAGGAGGCCAUUCAGGCACUGAGGGCUCUGCGAGCCACCUAUCAGCUAGCCAAAGUCCGGCCCCAAGUGCUGCUGUGGAGCUCCGAGCCUGCCGAGCGGCGCCUCUUUGAGACCUUCCUAGAGCCCAUGGCCACCCUGGGCCAGUGUGGGGCUGUGGGGCUCUUAGCCCCGGGCACAGCACCCCCCUCCAGCUGGGCUCAGACCUCACUCAGUGCCACCGCUCAGGCCUACAUGGAGCUGCAGGGCCUGGUGGACCCCCAGACCCAUCUCCCUCUCCUGGCUGCCCGGAGAAACAAGUUGCAGAAGCAGCUUGAUGGACUCUUAGCCCGGAGCCCAGCAGGGGAAGAGGCGGAGACCCUGAGGCAGCAGAGGCUCUCUUCCCUGCAGCUGGAGCUGGUGAAACUGGACCAGGCGGCCCUGCACCUGGAAAAGCUGCUGGCUGCGUGCCCCAGACCCCGCGAGCCCUGAGCGCUGGCUCCCUGUCUGCUGCCGGCACGUUCCUCAUGCCCAGACCUGCCUUUGUCAACUCACACGGGCAGCUGCCACAUGAUGCCGGGGUGCGCUAGAGACUCGUGUCCUUCCUCAUUUUAUAAAUGAGGAGACAGAUUGGCGGGGUCACCGUGCUCUUGAGGACUGACACUCGUGGGUGUUCCCGGGGUGGUCGCACUCCUGCUCCGGCCUCCCUCCUGCAAGUGCUGGAAGGAGGAGACUCAGAUAAACGUCACAAUCUUAGCACAUCUGGCUUGGUCCGUUUCUUCCUUUUUCCUUGGGUGAUUCUCCUACAUCUUAGUUUUUCCCUGAGACUGGGUCUUGGGGAGAGACCUGCCUCUCAGU